ACCUUCAAUACUUCAAUAUCAACGACUUAAUCGGUUCAACUCCUAACCACGUCCGUGUCAUAUUUUGCGUUCCUAGUGCGACCAUAACUAGUAUGGCUCUCAAUCAAGAUCUCUCUUUACCAAAGACAGCCCCAAACAGCGACCGACAUCGUGCCACUGCGGGAGGAAGCUAUGCGCAAGCUGUCUACUCAAUCCUCCCCCUUGAUUUGACCACUCUAGAUAACUUAGUAAACCGAUUAAACGAAGCCUCAGAGAUCGACCCCGGAACUUGUAAACUAGCUCCCAAAUACGACUUCGCCAACCGCCCACUUCGCGACAUCUACGACUACCACAUCCAGCUCCGCGACCAGGACCACUCAAUCCACCCCCUUUACUUCAUCGUAGCCGUCGAUGCUGACUACAAGGAAAACGGCGUGCUGGUGGUGCACCUCCACACGGGCCAAGACGGAGAGCAGGACCGCGUCGACAAGGCCCGGUGCAGCGUGGACUGGGCCGCGAGCUGGGGCUUGAACCUCGACAUUGGCAACGUGGCUUGGGAGGACCUCAAGGAGGAAGAAGCGGACGAAUGGGGCGAAAAAGCCAUGUCGUGGACGCAGGAGUCGAACCAGCCUAAGCAGCCGGAUGCUGCGCCGCCCCGGUUCCAAUACGCUUGCUUCAGUCUAGUCGAGAACGCAUUAGAUCUCCCGGAAAAGCUCCAGCCCGACUAUUAUAGCACGCCCGCGGAGCACAGGCGCGUGAUCCUAGGCGGGAACUACUCCGCUGCCGGCGGGUUAUCCGAAGUCACUCGCCUGUUUCCCUGGUUCUGCAAGUCGCAUCCGGAGGCUCACAGGCAGCUGGCCAUUGUAGCCGACAAGCCCGACUUCGAGACCAACGGCGCUGUGAAGCUUCUGCGUUUCGACUGGGACGGCAAUGUAGACGCACAUGACGAUGCCGGAAUCGCCGAGUUGGACCUUAAGUACGAAGCGGUCAAAGUAGUUGGUGUUGAUAAAGCGGUUGCGGAGUUAGAUCGGUACUGUCGAGAUUUCGGCCUACCACAGGCUGAAGGAUAGGGUUUGGAUUGGAAGUCAGGCCUAGAGGGUGGACUGAAUGAGAAAGUGAUAGGGGAUAUCUAGGUAGUUUAUGCAGCUUUGCUAAUAUAAAUUUCCAAGGGGCGUAUUUAUCGCCUAUAUGCACACCUUUUAAUAUACAUCUAGGGAUAAAUAGCAUAACUGGAAUCCAUCUAGGGUGUUGGUGGUUCGGUAUAACUAUGGGGUUGAAUAGGUUAACAAGACGUCGUAUGCAAAGAUCUUGAAAAGCAUUAGUUCCAGUAAGUAUAACUAUAGG